UUACAGAACGUAAACAAGCGGAGAGACAAACACAGACAGACAGACAGACAGGCAGACAGACAGACAGGCAGACAGAAAGACAGACGGACUGACUGACUGUAAACAUAUUGAUAAGUUAGCGAGACGCUGAUCUGCUGAACAGUUACCAUUCUGCACAUACAAGGUUUUGCACUGACAGCAGCGACAUGUGACAUUCUGGGCUCUGAGCACCAAUCUGAACAGAUUUCAAAUAAAAAAAACAAAAAAGAUGAAAUAAAAUUUAAGAAGAAAAACGUCGGAAUGAUCAGCAAAAUCUUCGCCCAGCUCCUCGGCGGCGCUGAGGAGGACGCUGCUGUUGCCGUGGAGAACGAGGGCUGUGAGGACGUGUCCGAGGUCGAAGAUGGAGAAUGGGUCAUCAUUAACAUACAGGAGAACCGUUCUCUGGGCCUCGUUGAGGAGGAUCCUCUGGAGAACCUGCUGAUCGAGCACCCGAGCAUGUCAGUGUACCAGAUGCGGCGUCGCAGGAUUGAGGAAGAGGAGGCCUCAGAUGAUGACGAGGGUUCUCCUAGGCCUGUGCCGGUCAGGCGUCACGUUUCGUGGUGUUUGGCAGCGUGGGGUGUCCCGCUGCCCGUCCUGCUCUCAGUCCAGCGGGCCAGAGCUCACGCUGACCACAGGAAACUGACCCGCAGCGCCCUCCAAAGGCAGAACCUGGCCAACACACGCUUCUCUCCGACUGACCGCCGAUACGGACACUUCAAACAGCCCACUCAGCGCCUCUACAACUACUGACCCCACUGACCUCUGAGCUGAAUCAAAUCAACCUCUGAUCUUUUGGCGAAACUGCGGCUGCACAAUACGUCACUUAUUAAUCGAUACUGCAAUAAAUCGCCCACUGAACUUAACCCUUUCACGUCCUACAGCUACAUUCACUGUAAGGAAAAGUCCUCUGAACUUUUAUUCUGUCUCUCCAGUGUUUUACCGAGCUUCCUGUUUAAAAGCACUUUUAAAUUUUAUAAUGAAAAUGAAAAGUGUGUAAUAAAAAUAUUAUGAAAUAUUAUUUUUAUUAAUUACUGCUAUUAGCAAUAUUAUUCAUUUAUUCUGAAUGAGCUUGAAUGAGGAUCUAAAAUUACUUUUAUGAUUUUGAUUCAGAUUUUAUGCCAGUUUUAUAAAUCAGAAUUGGCCAAAAUCAGUCCCAUGUGACCAGAAUACCACCUUUUAAUGAUAAUUAAGAGAUAAAAACUCACUUUUAGCCGUAUGAGUUGCUUGACUGGAAAGACGUCUUCAGAUUUUGUGUUCAGAGUUCAGAGAAUAUAUAAAGCAAAAGGGACUUUAAUGGGUUAAUUCAGCUAUGCAACACAUUCACCUUCAGUCCAACAGCGUCAGCAUAAACACGUGAAAUGCGUUCAGAACGAAUGUCAGCAUAUUUCCAGCUAGUUCAAAAGCAAUAUGCAAAUCAGGCCACACUAUGCAAAUUAGCCGUCUAAGCAAUCACAGCAUGUUUAAUGUUAAUCACAGACCGCUUGAUUUGACUUUAAAUCCAUCAAAUGUAGUCAUUUUCGUCACAGUAACACAAUAAUCAUAAAUCAUUAAGGAUUCGUUCUGGAGUUUUUUCUAUAUGUUGUAAGAAAUUUAAUCACAAUAUGUUUUAUUUUUGUUUAUAUUGUGCAGCCCUAGUCUCACACCACUGCUGACCUCACUGCUAAAGACACCGGAGAUAUAUAGGAACAGGCCAGACUGCAGACUGAUGCAGUUUUAUGCGGGAAAUAUAAGCUAAUAACACAUUUCUUGUGAAAAAAUUAAAAAACCAGAUGCAUUUACAGCACCUGCAUUAAUACAGUAGUAUAGAGUGUGUAUGUGUGCUCCUUAGCCAUAGCUAAUGCACGUAAAUAACAGUAGAACAUGUUUACCUUUACAGAACUGAUGCCAGUCACUCUUGGUGAAAAUAGAAAUGUUUUGGGGCUGAGUGAGAAACUCCAGCUCUGAUUUUUAAGUGGUUUUCAUAUCAUAUACGUUGUUAUGACCUGUGAUUUUAGUGCCAAAGUAAACGUGCCGUCGCUUUAAAUGCGUGUUUACUCUUUCACCUGCUGUAGCGUUUUUAUUUGUCAACAGACUUUGUAAAUAUUCCACCAUUUUUUGUAUCCAAGAACAUAUUUGAUAAAACUUAAAAAAAAAAUUAAUAAAUAAACGUUUUGUAACAAUUU